AUGCGUUGGGCGUCUCUAUUCGUCGUUGCUGCCGCCACCUUCACAAGAGGUGCUGUGACGGUGAGCGACAAUGGCCAGGAUGAAAUCCCAUCCAUUCGAUCAUACUUCUAUGUAGGAGGAGGCUAUGUGAGCGAUGGUGCCGGUGGGGAGAUAUUCCGAGAUCAAAUGUAUGUCGAACGACUGUCCCCAGCUGGAGGUGCGAAGAAAGAAACGCCUAUUGUCUUUAUACAUGGUCAAGCUCAGACAGGAACAAACUUUUUGAACAAGCCCGAUGGUGGACGCGGGUGGGCAUCCCAGUUCAUCAGUCAGGGCUACGAAGUCUAUAUCGUCGACCAGACCCUUCGAGGCAGAUCAGCAUGGUCUCCUGCUUAUGGAGCUUCCAAGCCCUCAACAUAUUCCGCUGAGAUAAUUGAGCAGCGAUUUACAGCCGGACAGAAAUUCAACUUGUGGCCACAAGCCAAGAAGCACACGCAAUGGCCAGGUACAGGACUCCGAGGUGAUCCGGUUUUCGAUGCCUUUUAUAGUUCCAAUGUGCAGUUUAUCAACAACGCCACCUACCAACAGGAAAGUGUCCAAGCUGCUGGAGCUGCUUUACUUGACAAGAUCGGCAAGCCCGUUAUCAUUUUAGGCCAUAGUCAAGGCGGCAUGAUGCCGAUUCUCAUUGCUGAUGCUCGUCCCAAGCUUACCAAGGGCUUGAUACUUCUCGAGCCAUCAGGUCCACCAUUCCGAGACGCGGUGUUUGGCAACAAAACCUCUCGAGCAUGGGGUUUGACCGAUAUAAGUCUUACUUACAGCCCAGCUGUUACCGACCCUUCAACCGACCUCAUCCAAGAACUACAGCCAAGCCGAGGAAAAGACUUUGUUGAGUGUAUGCUUCAAGCUAAAAAGCCCGCCCCGCGUCGUCUCGUCAAUUUGGAAAAGAAGCCCAUUCUGAUUGUUACUGGUGAGGCUUCGUACCAUAUGCCUUAUGACUAUUGUACGGCCAAGUACCUUGAGCAAGCGGGUUGCUCAAAGACCAAGCAUGUUGAGCUUGGAAUGGAAGGGAUUCAUGGCAAUGGACAUAUGAUGUUCAUGGAGAAGAACAGUAACAAGAUCCAGAAUCUCGUGGAAAGAUGGGUAAAAGCAACAUGA